AGAACAGUGAAAAUCUGGCAGCAGGGGUGCCAGAAAAACAAAAAAACAAAAAACACAUAAUAAAACAGUAGAACAGUGCUGGAAGAAAAAAAAACAUUUAAAAUCUUUUUUUAAAAAAUCUGUUAUUGUGUGUAGUCCAAAUACAAUUUAUAGGGGAGAUCCAGUAUUACUUUUUAUAUUUACCCUGAUUGUGCGAGAACAAAUGUGUCUUCUCUGAUCACAUUUCAUUUGAGCACACCUGCAUCUACCAAUAUCCUCAAGCAUUUUUGUGAACAGGUUUAAGACCCUGAAAUAAUCGUGCUUUAAAUACAAGUUGUGAAACUGCACUUUCAUCCCUAAUCAUCGUGUCAAAAGUACAGUGGUCGUGGGUUGAAAAAAAAAGCACAGAAAUUGUGAGGUAAAAAUAUAUUUAUGUUAUGGAGAUGUGUGUAGGGAUUGAAAUUAUCUUGCAUGCUACAUUUCUAAUCAUAUAACCUAGUCUUGGCCAAGCCACACAUUAAAUAUGAUGAAUGUGUAGACUAAAUGUUUAGGUUAUAGAAGUGACAAAGCUAGCCAUUACUUCACCACGAACCUUCACUUGAUGGCUGUUAUAUCCAACCAAACAAAACAGAUCUCAUCUCAUCUCUUUUGCAGAUUAUUGAUGUUAUGUUUUUAUGUUCUCGGGUGGACACACACUAACACUGCAAAUAAGGAAGACAAGUGAUAAUGAGAGACAGUUGGUUUGGAUCAAGCAGCUUUAUGUAACACAUAAACUAAAGGCCAAGAUGUGACCACUCCUCUGAAGGCCUUAACAACACUGUCUCACCUCUGGUGUCCAAAACAAGUACUUCUCCUUACAAGCUCAAGUCCAGUGAGGCUCUCAUUUGCUCUAAAUAAUGAGUCAUGUGGCUAAACAUGAGCCACAGAGAAACCUUCACUUUUCAGAUGUUGUCCAUCUGUUCAGACAUAAUAUUGGUAACAGAAAGGGCAAUGAAGUAAAGCACACAUUCUGCAAACUCACUCUAAUACCCAGUCUCUAGUCUAACAUGCAGUUUAUAGUCAACACAAGACAGAUGUUUCUUUUGAUUUUUUUUUUCCUGAACCCUGUCUGUAAACUAUGUAACAACAUCAGCAAACUGUAUGGCAAAACUUGCCCACAAUAAGAUAAAAAGAAAGGGGAUCACCAGUGUUAUUACAACUCAUUGUCUAGGAACCAAGAAUGUGACAUGUCACAGAAAUGUGUCUAAUAAAUAUUCUCUAAAGUGACAGAUCAACCAACUGGCCAGUGUUGCCAUCCAUAGAUCAUAACUAAAAAUAAGAUUAUAGACUAUAUGUAAGGGCUUAAUUAAGCCGGUAUAAGUGAGCUAUGUUUACCUUACUUUGACCUUGGCAAAAAUUCUAUCUUCAUGUUUAAAACCUUCUGCCAGGAUUUCAGCAGUGACCUUGGGUUGAGUGUGGGGAUGCGGGCUGUUUUUUCCAGUGAUGUUAUUGUGAAAUCUUUCUUUCACAAGAGACAAAAUAAGCACAAUGUCCUUUAAACCCUGACCCAUCCUUUUAUUCUUCUUUCACUUUCCCUUUUUUUGCAUUUGUCACCCUUCUUUUUCUUCUUUUAGUUUAGGCAAAGUUUAAAGCAGCCCUGAUGGAAUUUACAUAUAAACAGUUGCUUGCUCACCCCCACGCUACUGUUAUCUGCUUCCAUCCAUUUCCCCUUUCAACAUGUAUUGUUUUUCCCCUUCCCCUCCUCAAUAUAUUCACCCAGAAUCAAAAUUGCUUUAAUGUUCUCAUUUUUUUCUACAUCUCUGUUUUCAUGAUUGUAGCUCACAGUAUGAAAGAAAUAAAUAUUAAUCACAACUUUACUCUGGAUUCACAUGAUUUACAGUAUAUAAUAAAAAAAAUAAAACAACAGGUGGAAUUAAUAAAUUGUAUACCCACUUUCCAUUUAACAAAGACCAUCUGUUGAAUGAGAUAGCUGAGGACAGUGUGUGCAGAGGGGAUGAAGCAGCUGUUCUAGUCAUCCUCAGGACUCUCCUGUCAAGUCACACCUCUAAUCCGUUCUAUAUCUUGUACUCUUUCUGCAAAAUUCUUCAGAUAUAAUUUCACUAAUAAGCAGACAGAAUCUCUUCCUGCCCAUAUCAGAACUGCAACAAACCUCAAACCUCUGAUUUGGUACCAUGGCAAGAUGCUGACUGAGUGAAACUAAUGACUCAGCCUAAAAUAUGAAUGUCAAAUAACUUUUAAGGAGGGAGCUGUUUAUAUUUAAACUGAAAGGCCCCAGGUUGGCCAGGACUCAAAACUGAAACGUUCUUGCUGUGAGGCUUAUGCAAAUCUUUUCUGGAAAAAAAAAUGGCCUGUAUAUAACACUGAUUAACGGCAACAUUUAUUGCUGAUGUAUAAAGAAGUGUGAUGUUAAAGCGUACUGAAAAGCAUGUGACAGUAACACUGGUUCAUAAUAAUUUCUUCAAAAUCAUGGAUUCCUUCCUUUUUCUAGCAUGGCUCAUAAAGUUUUCUUUGCAUAUUCACUGCCUAGCGCCUCGUAUUCUCACGUUAUUAGAGACAGUGGAUGUAUUACUAGAGCACAACGCCACCUUCAUCUGUGAAGUGGAGUCGCGUCCCCCUGCUGAAAUCACCUGGACCAAGAAUAACCAGCCAAUAAUGUUCUAUGACCUUCGGUACACCACCAAGGAGCGGGGACAGAUGCUAGUCAUCCCCCAUGCCCGAGAGACAGACAGUGGAGAAUACUGCUGCCUUGCUACUAAUGGCAUUGGUGAACCAGCCAAAAGCUGUGGAGCGCUGCAGCUAAAGAUGAAGCCACAGAUCAAACGCCACCCAACUAAUGUAACCCUUCUGAUAGAAUCUAAAGCGGUUUUGCCUUGUGUUACUCUUGGUAACCCCAAACCAGAUGUCACCUGGCUCAAAGAUGAUGAGCUGAUCAAGGUGAAUGAUCGUGUUACCAUUCUCGACUAUGGUGCACUGAAGAUCCAUAACAUAAAGAAGGAGGAUGCAGGACAGUAUCGCUGUGUUGCCAGGAAUAGCUUUGGUUUGGCCUUUUCAAAGCCUGUCACUAUAGAGGUGCAGGCUCCAGCUCGAAUCCUACAGGUUCCAAAGGAGAAGAAAGUAGCAUAUGGCAGCCAGAUUUCACUGGAGUGUAACGCAACAGGAAAUCCAAUCCCCACUAUCACCUGGCUGGAAAAUGGGAAUACUAUCUCAGGUGCAUCCAUUGAAGAGACAUUGGUGGGAGAGAUCAUUUUGUCUGUUGUUAAAGUGACGGUCAAUAAGCCAGCUCUGUAUACAUGUCUGGCCUCCAACAGACACAGUGGUGGAGCCAACACCGUCAAGGCAACGGCUAAAGUUACUGUCACAGAGUGGAGACUCUACAAGAGCAUCACAGGCUACUGCAGUGCCUAUCGUGGAGAUGUUUGCCGUGCAAUUCUGCCAGAUGAUUCCCUCGUAUUCUUUAAUUCUUCCCUCUCUGACCCUGAGGACAUGCAGGAGUAUUUGGUUCAGAGCUGGUGGCCAGAGCUAGAAGGACUCAAUGUGCUGUGCAGCCCUGCAGUACGCUCACUGCUCUGUCACUCCUCUUUCCCGAAUUGCAACCCAUCAGGGUUUGGCCCUGCACCUAAACCUGUCUGCAGAGAACACUGCCUGACAGUGAAGGACCUGUACUGCCAUAAGGACUGGUUAGUACUAGAGGGCAGCAGUUCAGGCCAACCUGGCCUCUUCAGCUCUGUCACUGGCUCUCAUAGUUCCAGGUCUCUGCUGCCUAAUUGUCAAGCCUUACCAAGUCUUCACACAGACCCCGAUGUGUGUACACAUGUGCCUUUUGUAGAUAUCAAGAAAGAUCAAGUUACAACAGCGUGUUACAAUGAUAGAGGACGUUUUUAUCAAGGCAGUCUGAAUGUGACAAGGUCUGGGAUACCUUGUCAGCUAUGGAGCCAGCAGGUUCCCCACCAGCACCGCAUGUCUGUGGAUUUCAUCCCAGAGUUAAGGAACUCAGAGAACCACUGUAGGAACCCAGGAGGAAUCAGUGAGAAGCCCUGGUGUUACACAUCAAAUCCCAACAUACGCUGGGAGUACUGUUCUGUGUCACCAUGUGGGGAGACAGGCACAGUAUCAGUGAUGAAGUCAGAGGAACCAGGCCCUCGUCAGACUCCUCAUCAUCCUCCCAUGACCACUGUAUUGUCUCCAGCUUACUCCAUGACUGUCAUCAUUAUCGCUCUGACCACACUUAUUGCUGCAGUCUUCCUCACCAUUAUCAUCCUUGCCUGUCGCAGAUGGAGGAAGCAGCGGAGGACCCGAAAGAGAGUAAUGGAGACGCCAAGACUCAGUGCUCUUCCAUCAGAGCUCCUGCUGGAUCGACUCCAUCCCAAUCCCAUGUACCAGCGAGUUCCCUUGUUGCUGAACUCAAAGCUGCUGGCCCUCGAGUAUCCACGGAAUAAUAUCCAAUAUGUCAGAGAUAUUGGAGAGGGAGCCUUCGGGCGGGUUUUCCAAGCCAGAGCACCUGGCCUGCUGUCGAACGAGUCUUUCACGAUGGUGGCUGUGAAGAUGUUGAAGGAGGAGGCCUCAGCUGACAUGCAGAAUGACUUUCAGAGAGAGGCCGCACUCAUGGCUGAAUUUGACCAUCCAAACAUUGUGCGACUCCUAGGUGUGUGUGCAGUGGGUAAACCAAUGUGUCUGAUGUUUGAGUACAUGGCCCAUGGUGACCUCAAUGAGUUCUUGCGUCGUCGAUCUCCAACCCAAUCUGUGCGCACCCUAAGUCGUGCCAGCCUGUCGGGUCGCAGCUUCUCCUCUGAGCUGGAGGCGUGUCCUCUGUCCUGUGCUGAGCAGAUGUCAGUUUCUAAACAGAUUGCUGCAGGCAUGGCCUACCUAUCAGAGCGCAAGUUCGUCCAUCGUGACCUUGCAACAAGAAACUGCUUGGUAGGGGACCAGAUGGUGGUGAAGAUCGCGGAUUUUGGCCUCUCCAGAAACAUCUACUCAGCUGAUUACUACAAAGCGAAUGAGAAUGAUGCCAUCCCCAUUCGCUGGAUGCCUCCAGAGUCUAUUUUCUACAACCGCUACACAACGGAAUCGGACGUGUGGGCAUAUGGAGUGGUAUUAUGGGAGAUUUUUUCCCAUGGGAUGCAGCCAUAUUACGGCAUGGGUCAUGAAGAGGUUAUUUACUAUGUCAGAGAUGGUCACAUCCUCUCCUGUCCUGAGAACUGUCCCCUGGAGCUGUACAAUCUGAUGAGACUUUGCUGGAGCACACUCCCAUCAGAUAGGCCCAGCUUCAGUAGUAUAGAUCGGAUACUGGAGCGGAUGCAUCAGAACAGACUAAGCAUGGAUGCUGACACUGAUGCUGCUAACCUGGGAACUUUUCACAAAAACAUGUCUGCCCUUGUGAAAAGAAACACUGAGUUAUGUAGUGAUUUAGUGCCUUAAAACAAAUGAACCCUGACACUGAGCCCAUGCAUUCAUCGAGUACCCAGACAAUACCAUGAUUUCACUUUUUCCUUGCCCAGUUCUUCUCUUCAGGAGACCCAAACCUUUUUUGUAUCAUAAACAUGUCAUAUUUUAUUACAUUGUAUAUUUGUUAGUUUGUAAUAUGGGACCUUAAUUCCCUAAAAUUUGGGGACUAAAUUUUAUCAGCACAUAUUGAUCAGGCAGGUUUGCUUUAUUUAUAUAAAAUCUUAAAUGCAACAAACUACAACUUAAACCCCAUAGCCUUAACCAUUGAAGAUCUGAAGCCUCUAACCAUUCAGAUAGACCCUGAACUAUUUUAAAAUGAGAUACACUCACAUUGUAUCACAUGCUGAUUGUUUUUGAAUUUCUCUAUUUUCUGAUUUCUUUUCCCAUUUUGAUUUGUUUAUCAGGUGCAAAUGGUGAAUUACUAAAUGCUGUGGCCAGAAAUAGUAUCAGACAUGACAAUAACACUUCAUUGUAACUACAUAAAAAAACCACUUUGUUAUUGUCACCUCCAGCUAAUUCCAUAGCAGCACAAAAUCACUUUAAAGCAUUGCUGUUGAAGUUGCUAUUCCAUUUGUGGGCAUUCUUGUUUUAUACUUUAUUUUUCAUCAUAUUGUUAUUGAAAUUUGUCUUUUUUGUUAAUUU